AUGCCUGCCGCAAACGCUGAUUACGUGCGCGACGCUGUCGCCGACGCGAAUCCUGAUCUCACGCGCAAACGGCAACGCCUUAGCGAGGAAGCCGAUGAGACAUCGCCACUAUCCACUAAAGACGACAUUCUGAUCGAAGAAGUACCAAUGGAGGAGGAUGGCAGUAGUCUUGCGAAUGCUAUUGAGCUCCACGACGACCUGGACGGCGGGCCGCUGGCGCCUUUCAGCGACAUAUUCCUACUCUCGCCUGCCAACGACAUGACUGCCCCACAGCAGAUCGAGUGGUUACGAGGCCAUCUGGCAACACCGAACACACAUAUGGAUCCUGCUUUCUUCGCUGUUCUUGCAACAGCACUCGGCAACCAUGUCACACAAGCUCAAGCAUUGCCGGAUCUUGGCCGCACGAAGUAUAUCGACGAACAAGACUUCUUCGACAAGCUUGGCGAAGUGUGCUUUCGCAUCUUAGCUCGGCAUACGCUAUUCGAGAAGCACAUUCUGGAGGACAAGCGUUGCAAAGCUGAAAUGCUCCAGCACAUCAACGAUUUCAUGCAGAACAUCAACGACAUGUGUCUCAACGUACUUGAGAUCUUGCCUUCAUUGAUGGAGUCCAUAUCGACCAGACGGGACUCUGGCAGUAUCAGAGAAGGGCCUCAGCGCAACAGUCUACUCUGGUUCAUCCGCAUACUUGGCCAGAGUCUUGCCGGGUACAAUGCGGGCGUGUUCAGUCACUUUAAGGACUUCGACUUUAGGCCAGUCGCGUCGCGGAAGAUCCGCGAACAGCAGUUCUUGGGCUUUCAAGGCGCCACUGACAGACUGGUCACACUACUGCGAAAGCUCACUAAAUACAACAAGCAACUGAUCGACAGUGCGUGGGACGAGCAGGCUUGGGAGGCAGUAAGCGCCAUUCUCCACGUGCAAGACAAGCUUCAGGUGGACAAGCCCGAUCACAUCCGUGCAGUGCUGAAGACACUACACGAAGAUGUUCUACCAGUCACAUGCAAUCGGAAAAAGCAAGCUCUGCCUGUCAGACUCCACGAAUUGAGCAUUAGCUUAUCGGAAAAGCUUCUGUCCCAGCUCUUGGCCUCUGCCGAUACGGAAGCGACGAUCGAUAUCUACACAACAUACACCAGGAGUGACGACGACGCGCUUUUCCCACAGCGGACCGAUGGUGGAGCACUGGUGCAACAGCUGGUCGACUUGAGCGACAGCGACGUCGAAGUACAGAGAUCUCUCAUGAGCACCGCAUCGUGGCUACAACAGAUGAACAGACUACUCCACAGCGAUAUCAUGGACUUCUGCAACUAUGGCAUCAGCGAGUUGAACACACGCCUGCCCAAGAUAUACACGCAAUAUCGUGAUUCUCCACAAGGGCUAGAGCAUCCUGUCUUGGUCUACAUUGCUCGAUUCCUGCGCUGCCAUGAGGUCAUUCGAUUCAUCUUUGGUCCAAACUCGCACUCGAGUCUUAUCAACUACAGUCGCGACAUUGUCGGGUUUCUUGCCGCCAUCAACAAUUAUACCAACCAGGAAACAGAUGUCAUCUGGCAGGCGUGUACCGAAAGUGUCGAGGUCGAGAAGGUGAAGGCCUCGUGGAGUGUGCUCCACGGGAUCAGCGGCUUGCUCGACAUCGAUCAUCUGCUGUACUUGGUGGAACAGUUUUCGCUUACAGCACGCUCAAAGCUGAGCAACGACAUGAUCGCAGCACUGAGCGAUCUCUUCUCUACGGUUUCAAAGACGGCGAACGGGCCUCUCGAAGGUGAGAACCGCCUGAAGACGGCUUUCGUCAGUAUCGAUCUCAUGAUGGGUCUCGACGCGACAUCUGAAGACCCCGUGUCGAAGCAGCUUCGCCGCGUUGCAACUCACGAACUUUUGCGGUUCAUGGGGCCUGACUAUACCACCGGCGAUCGACAUCAGAUCUUCGCACGUUGCAUACAAAGAUAUGGCGCUUCUGGAGGAGAUGCGACAGCCGCGGUGACGAUUCUAAACUCCAUGCUGAGCAAGAUCACGUUGUCCCCGGACGACACUCAAGACCUACUGGGGAUGUUGUCAGUCCCGACUGCGAUUAAGGAGUUAGGUCAUUUCGUGGAAGAUCGCCGUGCGUUGGAGGACCGCAAUUCGACCCGUCUAUCGAUCAUCGCCAGGUUAAUCAUGAUUCUGCACCUCAUGACUCUUGCACACGAGACCUGGGCAGUGGAAAUAGCGCAGCUACUGUUCGACAUUGUGGUUGGAGAUCUGGCGUUGGACAACACGGCGAGAGAUCUUGCAUGGACAUACUUGUCGAACGUCGUCAAAGGGACUCCUCAACCCUCGAGGGUGGUCCGUUUGCUUUUCAAACACUUCAUCAGCAAUCUAGCCAGUGAAGUAUCAUUGACACACACGACCCCACGGCUGGUAGCCCUCUUGGGCGCAUCCCUCGGCAGCCCAAAAGACGAAUAUGAAAUGCUGGGCUCCCCCGUAUGGGCGAAACUGGUUCAUUGUGCCGAGAGCAGUGGCGACGAUCGUGUGCGGCAAGCAGCGACUGAUACAAUCCGAGGGAUACUGUGCAACCCUGAUGUGCCGCUGCCGAAAGGCAUCCGUCCGGUGGAGCUCCAGUCAAAAUUCACGGAGCGACAGAUCGAGCGUGUACUCGCCACGUCCGGAAAGCCUGGCGCAGCAUCGCAGCAGCUCGCUUGUCGGCAGCUGGACUUGUUGGAUGCUGUGCUUCAGGCGAGUGCAAAGUAUCCUGCACGCGUGAAGACCAACAAAAACUCCAAGCUCGAUUUGGACCCAAACAGCGCCGAGAAUAAGGUACAUUUCCUGAUCGAGGUUUAUUGGGGCGGUAAAAAUGAGCCAGAGCAGUACCAUUCGUCCAGAUCGAAGACCACCAAGCUGCGGGCACUUGCAGACCGUCUUCCUGCAUUGACAGGCGCAUACGAGCACCGACUGAUCUUGGGUGGCAAGCUUGUGGACCUGACCAAGCAGGCUGAUGAGACUUUGUCGAGUAUCGGCCUGCAAAGCUCAGGUGUGCUGCAGAUCUGCCCCAAGUACACAAUUCAGAGCGAUAUUAACAGGCUGAUGAAACCGGUAGGUACCGUUGAACAAACAAUCAUGAGCCACUACAAGCGGAUCGAAGCUCUGCUCGUCGGAACAAGCGAGAUUGCGCGUCGAACAUAUGAUCUGCUCAAGCAGAUUCGACCACCAGACGAGACACGCGACAGGGUCACCUCGCCGCAGACAGAGCUUAACGAGAUCUGUCCCAUCUCUAGCAAGUGGCGAAUCAUGAUGACUGCUCACGUACUCAAGACGCAUCUCCUUGACUUUGCCAACAUCGGCGUCGUGGAUCAGACAUUCUUCAUGCGUGGUACGCGGAUACUCAUCGCUGUAGUAAUGGCCUGGAACCAGAUGCUCGAUCCCCAGAUCACCACAACGGUUUUAGACUGCCUAGUCUGCUUCUUGCAAGAACGGGCGGAGACAACAGUCGACGUUAAGAUUACGCAAGAGCCUGACCGACUGGUGACACGCAUGCUCGAUAUGUGUUUUCGCGCAGUGGAACUGCACACCAAGCAGAGUGACUUGGCCGAACAAGUCUACAAGGCGCUAUUGCAUGCCUUUCAACAACAGCCUGAGAUCUGGGAUAGCUUUGUGGCCGACUCGCGCACUGUGGAUCUUCAUCGUCAGUUGUUACUGAGCACAAACGCGGAACUCCUUGGCAAGGUGAGUACCAUGAUCGAAACCUUCUGUAAAGAGUCCUUCGCCACCAGUGAGGGUGGCGCAAGCUUCUACCUCAAGGUCUUACUUGGGCUUGUUCCGGACGCACUGAGCCCUCAGGGUCGCAAUGCAGCGUUCUUCCAGCUGGCCACGAACAUACUCCACGCCGACACGACCUUGCCAGCGGAUGAGGAGGGAGCCCGCGACACCAUGCAGGAGCUGGUGACAGCCCUAUGGCAGUAUCGACAUACAGAGACGCCAAACUUUCCUCAAAAAGACGCAGCAAUGGCAGGUCUGCUACAGCUACUUCUCGAAUCUAUUCAAGUAGUGCGAAGUGCCAAGAAGCCACUUGCGCUCGAAGGCUUCGCUCUGCAAGUGUUCACGCAGCUUCUCUUUCCGAACAAAGACGGCUCGUGUUGGCAAGCGCUCCUGGACGAGCAGUCACGAAGUGUCGCUUUCCGCCUCGUCAAGGCCACCUGUGAGUCGGAAGAGGACAUCUAUGGCAUCAUCGACAGAGCAUUCAGCGCGUUACAAGAGACUGGCAACGAUCCUGCUGCCACCUAUCCUGGCAGAGACAAGUUUCUCAGGGCGGCAACCGAGCCCAGCGGCUUGCCCAACCUUCGCAAUACCUGCUACAUGAAUUCCCUCCUCCAGCAAUUGUUCGCGAACACAAAGUUUCGCAAAUUCAUCUUCAGCAUACCACUCCCAGGCGGAUCGCAGGAGACAGUGUUAGCCGCAGUCAGCAGACUGUUCGCUAACAUGCAAGAUGGAUACUUUACCUCGAUCGAUGUAGCCCAUCUCGCAAAGCUUCUAGACAUCGAUGUGUGGAUUCAAGAGGACGUUCACACAUUCUAUGAAAACUUCUUGUCGAGACUCGAGGCAGAUAUGCCGAGUGCAGACUACAAGGCUCAGCUGGCGCGCUUCUACACCGGCAAUCUUGUUUCGCAGGUCAAGGGCGCUUGUGGUCAUGUCUCAUCCAGGCUCGAAGAGUUUGUCGACAUCCCUAUUGUCGUCACCAAUCAGAAAGAUCUGGCCAGCAGUUUGGAAGCCUACAUUCAAGGCGAACAGAUGGAGGGUCAGAACCGGUAUCGAUGCUCGGCAUGCGAUCCCAGCACUGAUGGCCGGCUAGUCGACGCCAUGAAGCGCAGCUGCAUCGAGGAUCUGCCCGACAAUGUCACGUUCUGCCUGAAGCGCUUCAGCUUCGAAGCUAUGUUUGGUGGAGAUGCGUCCAAAGAGAAUGGCAGAUUUGAGUUCCCUCAGUCCAUCGACCUGGGCAAGUAUACUCGAGCCCAGCUUGAAGAUCCAGAAGCUAAGAAAGACGAGGACAUCUUCGAGCUGGUAGGGGUCAUCGUUCACUGGGGUACGCUGACCAGCGGCCACUACUGGUCUUAUACGCUUGUGCGAAACACAGCAUCACCAGAUUCUCGCAAGUGGCUGAGACUGAACGACUCGACAGCUGACACAGUCAAGAAUGGCCUAUCUGAGGUACAAGAGGAAUGCUUUGGCGGUGGACUGGGCUUUGAUGGCAAGCCGCGCCAGGACAGUGCCUAUGUCCUCUUCUACCAGCGAAAGACAUCUCUGGAAGAGCAGGUCGCGAUUGCAACACCAGUCUCAGACUACUCCUGUAUGGACCCUAUGCCAGCGAGGGUCAGUCUACCUCCUGCCUUGGAGGAGGAAUUGUGCAAAAACAACACUUGGCAUCAGCGGAUCGCUCAGCUCUUUGACGAUGAUUUUGCUUCCUUCCUCGCAUGGGCAAUGGAGAACUUUGGCCAAUAUACCACUUGGGGCUCUUCUCCGUCGGACACUAGCAUCUCCUCCCGCGAAGGACCUACUGGUGCAACGGCGAACGACUUGGUGAACAGCAGUCCUGAUUUCCGUGUGAUACAGGCAAUGAACCUUCUUGUUGCGACGUACUAUAAACGCGUGGUUGUUUGUCAGCCGGUGUCUUGGAAGAAGCUGAACACAUUGGUGCCAAGUCUCAAGAAGCUCGUCUCUGAGCAGGCGAUCUUCGCAGGCUAUUUCUUGAACCAAAUUAUCGACGACACACCUUGGUUCAGCAAGAUGAUCUUGCAUGAGAAGAGGAUCGUGCGAACGACGACCUACGAGCUGGUUGUGGCAUGCUUGACAGCACUUAAACAAUGUGAUACCACAGCUUACCAGUCUGGUCUACGCCAAGCCGUCAACAUCCACUCCAACAUGAUCCACUCGAAUCUCAGCCUGGGGGUGGAAGCCGAUUACAUCAACUUUGCGAUUGAUCUAGCCAACCUUGGCGCUGAAGAGAUGGCCUUUAUACUCGGCGAAGGUUACUACACCUGGGCCGUGCACCUCCUGAUGCUACCCGCCAAUAUACGGCGGCAAAAACACAAUCCGGGCCUGUGGCAUCACUUCACUACCCAUCCUAACAUGGUGUCGGCUUUGUACGACUUCGUGCACAUUGUGAUCAGCGCCCAGCUCGAAUUGGAGAAGGCACGUAAAAGGGCGAUCGGGAGCAGCGAUUCUGGCGUGUCAUUGUACACAGACGAGCUGGAUAUGCUGGUGAAGCACGGCAAUCCAGAGGUGUUCUACUGGAUGUACGCUGCGCGCCACGCCAAUAAGCCAAACGACUGGACGACUUCAUCACCUGGCAGACUACUGUCACUGCUCUGUGAGGCACUACCACCGCAGACUAUGGAUAUGGUGGAAAGCAGCCUCCUCGGCUUCAUUGCACAAGAGGAGGAGUCGUUUCCUGCAGUAAUGAGUAUGGUCCUGCACUAUCUCUCAUGCGAUCUGCCGCUCGAGAGAGCCCUUCCAGCCUGCAACGCUCUCGGCACUACUCUCAUCGAGUGGGCAGAGUCGGAAGAAGAAUUCCUCAACCGCAUCAAGGACGCCUACAGUCUUGCAUCCGUUGCGAUCCUUCAGAGCACCAAGAUCUGGCUUCGUAAUAUGUUGACCAUGCACAGCAAGGGUACUGUCCGCAGAGGCACCCGAGAUUUCCUGAUGCAGGAAAUCUUUACCGGACCUGCGAUCUCGGACGACGAGGACUGCGACGCAGCACGCGCACAGUUUGCUAUGAACAUGGUGACGGAAAACUGUGGCGUUCUCAAGCAAGCUUACAGCAAAGAGUACGCUCGAGCCAGGUACGAGCCAACGAUUGCAAUCGGCAGGACGGCGGUCCAGCAUCUACACGACUUAUGCGAUGAGGCGACCAAGCUUCGAGCAGACGCUGAAGAAGAAGAAGAAGACGCCGACGAUCCCGUUUCAAUGAAGUUACAGAUCUGGAUCGACGAAGCCCAGCGCGCUUGGACCGCAUGGGCGCAGCUAGAGGAGGAUGUGCUUGGAGAUUGGAGUCUUGAAGACGAGAUAGUCUUGCGUGGUAAUACGCGAGCGGAGUCGGUUGAGGUGUCCGACGGCUACUACACGUCGGACUAUGAUGAGGAUAUGGAGGAUGGCAGUCCGAUGGCAUAG